AUUUCACAAGUACCGAGUUAGAAAGUUAGAUUGCAGCAGUCUGCUCUUUUUUUGAUGACUGCGUGUGAGAAGGAUCACACAUUUCAGAGGUGUGAAAGGCGUGUGGUUUUAGGCUGGGCUCUGAAAUAGAAUCACAGGAGCGCAGCAGUGAGGAACCCAGCUCAAGUGUGUGGUUUAAACGGCAGCCAUGCGAUUUGUUUAAAACUUGCCAGAAAUAGUAUCCCCGAUAAUUCUCCCCUAUAAAAAAAAUUGAAUAGUCGGGCUCUUUGCGACGCUUUGUGAUCUGUCUCCGGCGUUGAGUUACAACGGGGGAAAGAGAAGCCGCGACACGUGGAACAGCGCCGGUCCCGGAGUGAUGUGAACCGGAGAACCUAUAAUCUCAGCUUCUUUUGUGAUGUUUGAUGGAGUUUGUUGGAAUAUGUUGGAUAGCUAGCCUAAUCAUCAUCUUGCUGUACAAGCCCAGGGGAACUGAAUCCUGUGCUAACGGGGAAAUGCGAGUCAGCCCUGCUUCAGUAAUCAGACUUGGAUCCAGCAUUAACAUAACAUGCAUUCUAAAAGAAUCAUCCUACAAUGUGUGUGCAACCCAACAACUCUGUAUUAUUGAAAACAACAUCAAGCAGCUGGUUGCAAUACAGAUCUCUGCUAAUGAAGUUACUGCGCACAUACCAAAAUUUGAAAACUCCAAGACUAGUUUUGCAUGUAAACUACACUGCAACACUGAAUAUUUGAUCUGUGGAAUUGAUGUCAAAGCUGGCUAUCCUCCAGAUCCACCCCAAAACCUGAAAUGCAUUCGGAAGGGCAGGACUGGUGACAUAAUUUGUACCUGGGAACCAGGACGUGCCACACACAUCAGCACAAAAACUGUUUUGUGGUUCAAAAAUGAGUCACACAGUUUUGUUGCCUCAGCUACCUCUGCAGAACCAUCAACUGGAAAAUGCACAAGACACAGAAAGACACGUGACCACCAAGGCUCGGGUUUUGCUUGUGAAUUUGCUCACAGUUUUGAUCCAUUCUCUACCUAUAUGGCUUGGGUAACUGCCUCAAACCAGCUGGGAAAUCGAUCUUCGGCAGUCAUGAACUUCACUCUGGAUGAGAUUAUGAAACCCAAUCCUCCCAAUAUCAGUCGGAUAGAAUGUAGCAACGGUACUCUCUUCAUUUGCACCGUAUACUGGGAAGAUGGGCAGAAUGCAAAGUUGUUUGAAAUCCAGUACAAAAUUGCAAACAGCAGCAAAGAGGAAAAGAAAAUUGUGGACAAUUUGACAAGCUGCACGGUGUCUGGUUUGGAGCAUUAUAUGGAUUACACGUUCCUGAUUCGUUCUAAGUUUCAUCGUACCCGAGGCCUGUGGAGUAACUGGAGUUCUUCAUUUGUCACCAAGACUCCGGAGGCAGCACCUAUUGGACAUCUGGAUGCCUGGUACACCAUAGACUCAUCCGAUCCAAACAACCCAAAAGCCACUCUCUUGUGGAAGCCUCUCAAGGUAAUUGAGAUCAGAGGAAGAGUCCGGGGUUAUAAUGUAACCCUAAGGGAAAGUACAAAGCAUAACUCUACCAUAUGGACAAGGGAGACUAAAAACACGUGGUAUACCGUGGGCAUUCCCAGCACAGGCGGCGUCAUCACUGUGUCUGUCUACAACUCCAGGGGCAGCUCUCCACCAUCUGAACUCCGCCUGUCAUCUCUCAGAGAAAAUGUUAAAGAAGACACAUCAGAUCUUCCUCCAGCAAGAAACAUUUCCACUAUGUAUACCGAGAAUAACAUGCUCUUAAUUGAGUGGAUGGAACCAGUAAAACCACCAACGGCAGUCCAAGGAUACGUGGUCGAGUGGACAGAAGUAAAUGACAAGCUUAAUCAAAAUAUAAAUUGGAUUAAACUUCCCCCUCAGAACCAUUCAGCAAGAUUAACAGAAAAUAUAAAACCCAAGACAUGCUUUCAGAUCUCCGUCUAUGCAGUUUACAAAAAUGGAACCGGAAAAUCACUUUUAACUCGGAAGUACACAGCCCAAGAAGCUUCUCCACUGGCAGGACCUUCUGUCUUCACUAAACACGACACUGCAGAAAUCUUCUGGAAGGAUAUUCCAAAGAACCAAACGGCUGGUUGCAUUGAUAGCUAUACCAUCUACAUAAAGAAAAAAAAUUCAAAGUUGCCUCUUGAAAUUUAUAAGGGCAUUGAUCCAACCAACAAAAGUUACACAAUACCAGACCUGAAACCAGGAGCAGAAUAUAUUGUAUGGAUGACAGCCCUAACUAAAGCUGGAGAAGGAAAGAGUGGAGUACCUCACAAAUUUUACCUAAAUUACAUAAGUACAGAGCUGCACUCCAACAGCAGUUCCAUCAUCAGGGUCGUCAUUGCAGUAACAUUCUCAGUUGCCGUAGUUGUUUCUGUGUUUUGUUUAUGGCAGUCGGUGAGAAGCAGGACUUUGUCUAUUUUAUCAAAACUUACAUCUCAUCUGUAUGUUAAAAAGAUUCCUGAUCCAGCUAAUUGUACAUGGGCAAAGGAAUACACUGCAAUCAAGGGCAAUCUGGAUUUAACUUGUCCUUACUUCCAAGCUGACACAACUUCAGCUUAUGAAGAUCCUGAGACUCUACAAGUGGAGGAGAUGUCAUCUGUCCAGGAACUCUGCAGUGGUAUGGAGGCUGUUAAUCAAGACCAGAGCAGCCAGCUGUCCACAUUUCAUAUUCAGCCCACGGCUAGUCAGCCACAGCAGAGUGAGGACUUGAGCCAAGAUCUUUCACCAGGGAACAGUCAAGUGGCCAUUCUGGAUUACAAAUGCCAACUCCCUUGUUCAUAUAUCGAAAAGUUGUCCCCUGGGGAAAUUACUCACCAACUAACAGAUUCAAUAAAUUCUGCAAGAGACCAAAGCAUUGGAUACAUACCUUCCAACUUUAUACAUGUUACAGACAACACUACAGAGACCAGUCAAGAUUUUGUUAACAGCUUUUCAUUCAUGCCUCUUCCGUCCCUAUCCAGAAUGGAACUCACUUACGAAGGGAAAUUAACAUUAGAUGUGGUGAGAAUUGACUGUAGUUCAAUUGUAGAAUAAUUUUCUUAAUCCAUACAGCGAGUAUUUUGAGAGCACUUCAGACUAUUACAGCUCACCAUUUGGGCACAUCUUGUUUGUUUCUUUCUACAACUGAUAAUUGAGUAUCCAGCUAAAUAAAUUGCAUAUGCCUUCGCCUGGAUUGAGGAUUAUGGACAACCAUAAGUGGAACCAAGUGAAUAGCAGUGCCUCAUAUCAGUUAUACGUAUUGUGAGAAAGCUGGACAUUACCUUGGGUAAUCUGUAUAACUACUAUGCUGAUAACUGGGAACAUUUACAGGUUAUUUUUCCCUCCAUGACAUAGUUUACUCUUGUGCCACAAGAUAGAUUUUGUCAAUACCAUUUAACAGCAGAACCAGAACUUAAAAUUUAAUACUGUCUUGUCUAAGACAAGAGUUAGCGUGCAGACUGGUGUCUGAUGAAGGUGUAAGUACCAUUAGUAUCAGCUCUCUGUAUCUGGCCUGAUGAAGCGAUUCUAGGUUGCGGGCCAGGUCCAGCCCUUUGAAGGGGCACUUUAUAUAAUCAUUAAAUCCAUUGGUGAUACUGUGCUAUACAAACUGGGAAGGUGCUAUAUUUGAUACCCAGAUGAUAGUAAGAGUAUCCAAGUAUGAUGUUGCUAAUAAUGUGAUUGACAUUUAAGUUUAAAUUCAGUUUUGAUUCUCCCAUUAAUAAAUAGCAUAUCAGCAAUAUCAUGCCUAAAACCUAAUGGCCAUUCAGGUGAAAUCUUGAGAAUGUGUGGUAUUAUCAAUUGUCUAAAAGGUAAGAAAAAUUAUACGAUUAAGGCAAGUGCCCAUUUAUAGCACUCUGAAGUCAACAAAUGUCAUAAUUUGGAAAUAAAUCAUA